AUGGACAAUAACUCUUGUUUCAUUACUUUCUCUCUCAUUGGAGUUCUUUUGUUCACCAUCAUUUCAAAUGUGGCAUCAUCUAACGACGUUGUUUCUACCAUCUGUUCAGAAAUCUCAAAUCCACAAUUUUGUUUAAGUGUGUUGAAAUCUGCAGGCACUACAGAUCUAAAAGGCUUGGCUGUAUACACCUUAAACCUUGCUCAUUCAAAUGCUGGCAAAUCUUUGAUCCUAGCCAACUCACUAGCAAAAGCCACCACCAAUCCUCAACUUAAGCAACGAUAUUCAUUUUGUGCUGAGAGCUAUGAUGAAGUUGUUGGUGACAUUGAAAAUGCUCAAAACGACUUGGCACUUGGGGACUUUAUUGGUGUCAUUAUUGCAACUACUGGUGCCAUGACAACUCUUGGUGAUCACUGUCAGAAUAAGCUCUUGCAGCCGCCGAAGGAUACAUCGUUGCUUUUAAAGAAUAGCAACACUCUAGAUGAUAUAUUUAGCAUUAUUAUGGUUAUAUCCGAUCAUCUUUGA